AAGCCAAAGUUCUUCAUUCUAUGGGAGAGCCAUGGCGCAAAACCUGACACCUUGCGCACCCAUCAAGGAACCGCGUGUUUCCGAGGGCCAGCGGGAGACGGUUCUCACUUUUAUGGAGCAGCAUCCCCAGCUGGCUUUAAGAUCCAGCAAGCUGGGGCCAGGCUUCACUGUUGGCAACUGGCGACGGCCGUGGCAGCAGCUGGCCCAUGCGCUGAACGAGGAAGGGCCUGUCAUAAAAACGGUGAAACAGUGGCAGGAGUGGUGGCGAAAACAGGUGUUCGAGGCCCGCCACGACGCUACCACAAUCGCCCAAGAGCAAAGAAGCACUGGAGGGGGUCGCUUUUCCGUCUUCCACGGCCGAGUACUGCAGCUGACGGGGACAGUCCGCUUGCGUGGCAUCACCACCCUUCCCUACCAAGAGUGGCAGAGGAUCCACCGCGCGGCACAUCAGUCACGCGUCCUGCACGGCCACCACGUGGACAGCGACCGCGACGGGCGGACACCCUCCCGACCAUGUCGUCGCAAUGUGCCCGCAGCCUCAAACAGGGCGACGAGAUGCUCCAGGUGCUGCGGAGGAUUGAAGAAUCCACCACCCGCCUCGCUGUCGCGGCAGAGAGGACAGCAGCGGCUCAGGAGGGCAUCAUGGGGCAGGAGUGCGUCCACCGUGCCACCGGACCUGCCAGGCUGUUUGGCAAUCCCACCCUCGUCUGCUGCGCGGGGAGCUUUUGUCUUUCCCCUGCGUGACGCUUCCCGGAAGGCAACUGGAAGCCGGGACCGUUCGAGGUCGUCGACCCUCGUCACGGAAAAUGCGGCUUGCUGCACAGGACCGCCGGUCAAGACGACCCGUCCCUUCCACUGGAGCACUUUCUAGGCGAAGAGGCAACGCCCGACGGAGUCAGCCAUCGAAGAAUAGAGCCCGUGGAGUGUCCCCAUUGGCCGAACAUGACGCCACUUGCACGGGCCCUACGAUUGGAUGACAGUGAAAUACACCUUUUCUGGCUUACCGAUUGGAUCAAAAUGACACCUGCAUAGGCUCGACGACUGGCUGAAAAUAACGUGACCCCGACAGACUGAAGGGGCUAUAACGAAAGGAACCAUCGGAAAAGAGAGAGACGUUCUUCUUGCCGCAGGACCCAGCGUUCGAUUUGUUUCUGGCCGUCGAUGGCAUUUUACUGUUUUGCGUCCUUCUAUUUCUGCGCAUAAUGUAAAUAAAUUUUCAUUUCUCUAAGUC